AUGAAACGUUCUGAAUCAUUUCGUGCUCGUUCUGUUCCAAGGUUCCCCAUCACAGAGGGUAUCGCAGGCUAUGUGGCUCGUACCGGUGUGGGGGUUCGAAUCGACGAUGCCUACACAGAUUCUCGAUUCUAUCGCACAGCGGAUGAGAUGAAUAAUCACGUGACCAAAACUGUACUCGCCAUGCCUUUAUUCGAGGAGGACGAAGUGAUUGGUGUUCUGGAAAUGAUCAACAAAGUCACCGGGACAUUUGACAAAGAGGACGAAGAUCUGCUACAGUUAUACUCUACUUACUGCGGUCUGGCAAUCCAUGUGGCGCGGAUGUAUGAUCGAAUUUAUCGAUCGGAUAAGAAAUAUCGUGUGGCGAUGGAGGUGUUAACGUUUCACAGUAUUGUUUCCGAAUCCGAUGUGGAACAAGCGAUGAUAUGUGAAACACCACAGCAAAUUCCCGGCAUUACAGCAUAUGACUUUUCUCCAUGGGAUGUGGAAGAACAAAAUGAGAUUGCAACAGUUUGCUACAUGGUGUAUGAUUUGGCCGGAAAUCUGCCGUGA